AUUCUCCGUGCUACUACUUCCGGUAUAAACAGGAAAAGAACUGCUGCUUUGGCUACUGGUACAGAAAUACAGACGUUAGCGAUGAGAUAAGGCACUUAUUGCUGCUUGGGAUUAUUUUCUAAAGCACAUAUCCACUGAGAAACAUGACCGAGCCACGCAGCCCAGGAAUGUCCUCUAUCCAGACAGCCCCAGUGCACACUGACUCCGCCCCUCCGGCUGUUGAGAUGGACCCAGUGGAGUACACCCUCAGGAAGCGCCUCCCCCGGAAACUCCCAAAGAGACGGAACGAUGUCUACGUUAACAUGAAGACUGACUUCCGGGCUCAGCUGGCACGCUGUCAGAAGCUGCUGGAGGGUGGGGGUCACAGGGAGAUCUGCGUUCACGGCCUGGGCCUGGCCAUCAACAGGGCUAUCAACAUCGCCCUUCAGCUGCAGGCCAGCAGCCAGGGGGCGCUGCAGCUGGCAGCCAACACCUCCACGGUGGAGCUCGUGGACGACCUGGAACCUGAAGAUCCAGAUGACGCCGGGGAGCCCAUGACGCGUACGCGCAAUAACUCGGCCAUUCAUAUUAAGGUGUUCUACCCUGACCCGCAGUGAGCAUAAGAGGGAUGUGUCGGGCAGAGGUUGACCAUGAGACCAAUGAAACAUUGUUGGCUUGGGGGGAGGUGGAAGACCUACUUUGACUGCAGAAUGGGGCAUGCUACUGUGAUGGAAUACUCCAACUGGGACAACUUUAGUUGAUUGAUAUAUUAAGCUUUUGCCAUGUGUCAAGCCUGUUUCAAAUUGUGGCUGUUUUUCCUUUUUUACUUUGCAUGUUUUGACGCAACAAUGGUAUUCAGGUGAAACCUCCAUAUUAUUUAAUAGCUACUUCAGGGCUGUGCCAAAUGUAAAUGUAAAACAUUUUUAUUUUUAAAGGUUAUGUGCUGUAAGUGUUUCCGAUUUCAUAUCUGUUUUUAAACAUACAAUUAAUUUAAAAACUGAGGAAUCCUAAUUUACAUUUCAAGCAGGUGUUGUACUUAAUGUCCACUAGAUGUCAGUAGUUUAAAUCUAUUCAAAUUUGGUUUUAGAUUAUUGGACUGCAGGUGGUGUUCAACUCCGCUGACCUGAAUAAGACAAAGCUAAUGAAUGAAAUGGACAGACUUCCCCA